AUGCCCUCCCCGGGCGAUUGGACCGAGACGACGUUCAAUAAUCUUCGCACACUUGAUUUCAGAGCCGUUUCGGCCGCUUUUGCGAGGAAAAUGGAUGCUUUUAUAGCUAGACAUCGCGAGCUCACGGAUAUCAUAAUUUCGAACUGCGGACCGAAGGCACUCGAGGAUUUCCCGUGUGUGGCAACACUUUAUAAAGCUGUCGUGGAGAGGGAGUUGAGCCUGCACUUUCGCGUUGAGUGCGUGCAUCUCGUCAGAGGCGAGGAGGCAAGGAAGAUUCUAGGUGAGGAUGGAGAAGGUGAAGGAGGGAAAGGAAUGCCAAUGUGCGCAAAGAAGGUGAAAAUAUACAUCGAGGAUAGGACCGAAGACGUCAUUUCUUGUAUCAUGGAGAACCUCCCGCCCUGCGCUGAGAUGUCGUUGAAUUUCGAUGGGGACGAUGGGAGAGACUUCAGUAUCAACAAAAACCUCUGGUCCAUCCUCCUCUCCAACGCACCCCUCCUCCGCUCCCUAACAACCCUCCACCUCUCCCUCCUCUUCGACGACCGUGACGCCCUCAACGGGACGAUCCUCCCCUCUCUCCCAUACGAAGUCGGUAAGAUCCUCCUCUCGGACGAUACAGAAGCCAUAAAAGACCUCGCAGUCAGACUAGCACCGCGGAUACGAGCACUCGUAGAUCGGUGUCCGAAGCUGGGGACGGUGUUGCUUUCGCAGCCGAUUGGAUAUGAUGAGGUGCAGAAGUUUUUUGAGUUUACAAUUGUGCGGGGGUAUGGGAAGGGGCAGCGAGGAGGAGGGUAUGGGGAGGGAGAGUCGCGGAUUGAUUGUGCGAUUCAUGGAGUGAGCGAGUGGAAGGAGAUGAGCAUGUGA